CAAGCCAGUUAUGAAAGUGUGUGAAAGUGGUACCUUUUCUCAAUUAAAGGUAGACGAAAGGAGUUAUUACCUUUUCUGUCAAAAAGGGUACGGGAUUGGAUCUCGAGGCGGAGUCUCCCCAUGUAGAACUUUGUAGAGUUGAUUCAGCACCUAGUGGCUCUAGGAGCCUUUAAAGAGAAGUCUUUUUAUUUAGGCUAGGGCUGCAAUUUUUACUUUAUAUAGACCCAAAUGAUGAGGAAGCCCAGCAAAACAAAGCAUAUUAUGAAAGCAGACUAAGUAUGAUGGAAGAAGGAGAACAUCUUGAAGAAGCAGAAGAGGAAGCACAUGAAGAAGAGACGUCUGAAGAAACUGACAAGCCUAAACCAAAACAGGAAUUUAUCUUACAUUACGAGCGACUUUGCAGGGGCGAGUCCAAUAGGAGUCAAUCUGAACUGGAUAAGUUAACAUGUUAUUACUACAACAAGCAUCCGUUGCUUGCCAUCAAGCCAGUCAAAAUUGAAAUAGCGAGUCUUAAUCCUCACAUAUAUCUCCUACACGACAUUAUCAGGGAUGAAGACAUUGAAUUUAUCAAAGACCUCGCAGCUCCUAGACUUGAAAGAGCCACUGUCACCAACAGGAACACGGGAAAUCUGGAAUUUGCAGAUUAUAGAAUUAGUAAGAGUGGCUGGCUAGAUGAUGAAGAAGGAGAACCCAUCAUGCGAUUAAAUCGAAGGUUGGAAGCCAUUACAGGUCUGUCUACUGCCAGUCGCCACACUGAAGCGCUACAGGUUGUUAAUUACGGUAUUGCCGGUCACUACGAACCCCACGUGGAUCACGCUAGGUCCGAAAAAUCAGCUAUCUUCCAGAUGGGCAUGCGCAAUAGGAUUGCCACAGUGUUGAUAUACGUAAGUGGACUUUUGCUGCUUCUUGUUCUUGAUGUUUACUUGCUUCAGGCUGUUUUGCAAAUGAGAGCUGUGUUUGCCCUUAAAGGGGCUUAA